CCGUCAACAAGCCCGACAUCCCUCGUGUCACCGAUGGCGAAACCGGCGCCUUACACUACCCCGAUGAAGUUGCUGCAACGACUGCAGGCUCUGGCCUUCGACCAUCGCUCACUGCGUCCCGGGUCUGACAUCCCGCCCAAUCAUCUGUCUUGGAAGGAUGCCAACAUUCACUUCCUGCCUGAGCCUCAAAGUCGUUCCACGGAGGUGGACUGGGGUCAUGACAUGAUUUGGCAUCCAGGAGUCAUCCAGCCGGCGAUCCAAAAGGGGUCCCGGGGACCGGACGGUGGGGAGAACGAGGGCGACAAGGCUGGGGGUGGCAAAGGAGUCCCGCCUGGUUCGGAGGGCGGGUCUCACGGCGACACCACGACUGCGGAAGGCAGCGGCGGGGUGGCGGGGGAGGCCUUUGGGCGUCAACAGUCUACCAGUCCCGGUCCGAAAGGCUCGGCACAGUCAGCGGACGUGCCCACUUCAUCCGCCGGCUCGGUGAUGGCGGCCUUGGUUGCUCUCUGUGCCGGCUCGGUCGAAACGUUCACGUCCGCCGGGAUCCGAACUUCAAUGCUUGCAGAGCGGACAAAGAGGACUGACGCGCAGAGAUGGUCAGGAGCGGGGGUGGCGAGUCGUGAUCCCAAAAUAGACCGCGGUGCGGGAGACGGCGAAGUUCGUCAGGAUCCGAACUUCCUCAGGCAAGGGGGGGCAACCAGGGAUUGUGGUGUCGGCGGGAGGGGCUGCGUGCGGUGGGCGGGAAGGGCAUUCGUCGGAAUUCGACACAGGUUCGGGCGAAGUGGCUGGAUUGCAUGCAAGGGAAGAAGGCAGGGUGAUGGACAAAGAGAAGGAAGGGGAGGAAGGAGACAAAGGGGAGAAAUUGGAGGGGAUGAAGGGGAGGAAGAAGAGGAUGAAGGGGAGGAAGGAGAGGAAGGGGAAGAAACAGAGUUGGCUAGGUUGCGAGGAGGGAAGGAGGGGGGAAAAGGGGAACUCGAUACUGGAGACGACGAACGGACGUUCGGCGACGACGAUGACAGAUCUGGGGAGCCGUCUGACGGAUUCGGGCAGUUGUACGGAGAACAUCACGAGGAAGAUGACGACGACGAUGACACGGCACUGGAUAUGGAGACACAGGUGGUCACAAGCCUUUUGGCAGAACGUGAUGACUAUGAGGUCCAAGCAAUGACGUCUGCCGUCGAUCUCCAACACCGGUUGAACGAAGCUCGUGUUGCAGUCAGCCUGACUAAACCGAGUGUACGCAUUGACGUCGAAGAAGUUAUCGACGGCAUCCUGGGCGACCACCAUAUGUCCGCGCAGCCGUCCUCGACGCCCGGUGUCGACGACCCUCUCGACGUCAAACCUUCCGCGGGAUCUGUCGUGGCUUUCUCGCCGACGAACUCUCCGAUGCUGCCGCCGACCAUCGCCAGCGGAGGAGAAGGCGAGAUCGAGGGACGACAAGAUGUCACGUCCCCGAAAAAAAUUGCCGCCAACACUCGAGCUUUCGACGUGCUGGCCUUGCCUGCGCCAACUUCACCGAUUAAGGAGCGGAGAGACAAACCAACUGGUAAGCAGUGACAAACGCCACUCUGUCUGCGCGCCAGUGACCGCAGUGUCUGUCGAUGCGGGGAGUUCCUGAUGCCGGCAUGCUACAGCCACCACUC